AUGCGCUCCGACAGCCCAGGCCCGCUCGGCGGCCACCCCGACCCAUCCAGCGGUUCUGGGCUUCGGUACCUCUCCCUCUCCUCCUCCCUCCUUUUGAGCUCUUCCCUAUCCCUACCUCUCUCCCUAUCGCUCUCAUCCCUCUCCCUCUCCCUAUCGCUGUUGUCCCUGUCCUCCUCCCUCUCUCCUUUCUCCACAGCUUUCUUACUCCCUUCCACCCUCGGCUCAUCCCCUGAACCACCCUCAACCUCAAUCUCUUUCACACCCUCCUUCUCCACUCCUUUCCCACCAUCCGCCACACUCUCUCCCUACCUCUUCACCCUUCUCUUCCUCGCCUCCCUUCUCCCCAUCCUCCACUUUCUCAACGCCAUCCUCCUUCCCAGCAUCUCCACCCGCCCCUGCUGCCUGCCCCUCACCAGCCACCGUAUCUCCAGACUUCUCUUCCUGAGCCGCUUCAAAAAACUCAUCUUCUUCCUCCUUGUCCUUCCCGGGACUGCUGCUGCGGCGGCGAGAAGGAGAGCUCUCCUUCUCCUCGUUCCCACCGCGGGUUCCAUCCGGGUCUAA